UUAAGCUGUCAGUCAAGUGGCGUCGGCUGGCGAGUUGAGGUGAAUGACAGCGCCGUGCCUCAGCAGUGUAUAUACCAGACAAAAUGGGAAAUAUAUUCAGUUGACGCACUGUAGCAUUUUGUGAAACGUGGCUGCAGACCAUUAAAGGCCGGCUUUAAGAAGACCUCUCUCAUUCUAAACCAAGCUGUGACUGACAGAAGUGAACUUAGGACGGAAAGAGUUAGUGGUUUAGUCACGAAUGGCUUUCGACUCAGUUGGUAGCGACAGAGGCGGAGGUGAGGCUGCUUGGAUCAUGCAUCAGCAGAUGCAGUCUGAUCCCAAGUCAUCCUGGCCUUCCAGCUACAACUCAGACAACAAUAACUGGAACAACGGCAUGGAAUCUCAGUAUCCCGGCUACUCAAAUUAUUGGUAUCCCCAGUCGCACACGGCGGGACCUUACGGCAGCACGUACCCCCCUGGAACAGAGGUCAACGGACAGGCGUCAUACAAUCCCCAGGCAAUGUCAGCCUAUCCCAAUGGGGUGUACAAUCCAGGACAGUACUCCACGAGUAUGCUACAUCCCUCCAACCCCUUCUACUGCAGUGACCAAGUUCCUUCGAGACAACCUCAGUAUCACAGCCAGACCUGCCCUGAACAAAAUGCGGGGGGUUCGGCUCCUCCCCCCUACCCUGUACCUCACUGCCAAGGGGCCCCUGGAUACCCAGCAGGAUCGUACCCGCACUAUGGAGAAGGAUGCCAUCCGAAUGCUCCCUACCCCAACCAGCAGCCCAUGCUCUCGAGACCCCAGCACGAGGCCUGGUCCCACUCUGGAGGGUACGGGCACACACCGCCCCAACAGCAAUGGCCGUCCAAUACUCAGACACCCCAUGGCCACUAUAACCAUGUACGACCACCUCACCCUCCACCGUGGCAAGGACCCGCACCACCUCCAUAUGAGCACAAGGAUCCACCAUAUCACAGUCAGCCUCAUAUGCACCCUCGAAACCAGCCUCCAGGCUCCAAACCACGGGCCAGCACUCCAAACCCAACUCCACCUCCGCCCAAAGCCGCCCAGUUCAGCGCUUCACCUCAAAUCUACAACAAGGCUCCCUCUGGAUGUGGAGGACCCGAGCCCAAACCAGCCCAGAAUGAACAACCUCCAACGUCUUCCCGCCAAGGGUCGUCCACUCCAGCCCCAUUAAGCGAUAAUCCCAGUCUGGCUCGAGUUCAGCAGGUUCUGGCCAGAGUUCAGCUCCUCCAAGAGGACGUAGAUGAGUUUGUAGGGAAAAAGACGGACAAGAGCUACCGGUGCCUGGAGGAACUUUUGACAAAAGAGCUGCUGGAAUUGGACUCGGUGGAGACCAACGGGCAGGACGUCGUUCGACAAGCUCGCAAAGAGUCCGUCCAGAGGAUCCAGGCCAUCUUGGACCGCCUUGAGAAAAAGGCUUUCUAAUAACUGUGGAUUGAUUAUGAUGGUUCUGGUUGUUCUUUUUUUUUUUUCUUCUUUUUAAUGAUAUCUUCUCAUGAUAACAUUAGGAUUUUCACCAUUGCCAGUUAGUUUGCCAGCAUUAACUUUGUGUGUUUUGGGGUAGUGUACCCUACCGAUGGUAAUGUAUUAGUUAAAAUACAGGCGCAAAAUGUCCUAGUCAUUGCAGUGCCAUACUCAAACCAGCCUUCUGCCAUCCAGCAAAAAGCAGCAGCAGUCUGACAUCUGCUCAGAAUUAAACAUAAGUCUCAUUGCAUAACACCAUCUUAAGACUUUCGUUUUUUUUUCUUGAGUCUAGGCAGCCUGAAUGGAUAAAACAGAGCUAAUUCAACCACAUUUUAAUACUUCCAUGGGUUUUUGGUAGCACAACCUUUCAAGAUCGGAGCUUUUUGCACUUGGAAUGUUGUUUAGCACUGCUAUUACACCAAUACAUUAUUGAUUUUAUUGUAAAAUAUCUUGAUUUAUAAAUAAAAGAAGGUCAGUUUUUGUAACUCACUCCAUUUAAUUUCAACCAUUUUCUGUUGUAUUGUGUAUUAGUUUUAUCACCAGUUUCAUUCAGUCACCUUCCUCAUGGAAAUUAGCCAAAUUUCAGCAUCAAAAAGGUCCAUUCUCCAGUGCAUGCAAUGCACAAAACACUGCUCACACAAGUCGCUUUCAAACCAAGCAGCUUUCUGUUGAUUAAUGUGAUAAAUUGCCAUUACAGAAAAUUCCCAAUCUUGGAGAUUCCUAUUGAAAUUAUUGGAUUUCACUGGCAAAAUUUCAUAACAGUAAAUGUGACUGAUUACACAGGUCAGUUUUUUAUUCAGAUCAUGGUUCUGUUUUGUCCAAACUGAGUGUUACAAACCCACAUCUUAUUACUCACAACUCAUUACUCUUUUUCCAGGCCUCAUCUGGAUUUUAAAGACCCCUUAAAUUAAGAAAUGGCGUUUUGUGGAUUUUAGACCGUAUUUGUUAGCUUUUGAGACCAUCUUCAUGCUAGUAUACUAUUAAAAGUUGACAAACCUUCAGUACCACUUGCCUCUAACAAGCAAUAGUGAGUAGCAAAUCAUGGUUUUCCAAGGCUGCGAUGUAUACUAGGCUGUUUUAUAAAAAGACAAACUCUUUGAAAUGAUUUGCCCCAACUUCGUUAUAAAAAAACAAUUGCAUUCAUCAAACCAUUGGACGUGGUCUUUAAUGAUCAACGAAGCCUACACUUCAUCUGCUGUGGUCACUUCCUUUGAUUGUGCACUUGCAUCUCAGUUCAUCUUUUAGUACAGGCCUUAGUGUUAACAUGAUUGUUUACAUCCUGCAGUUUGGAGGACUUUUGGCUAUGGUUUGCUUCCUUUCCUUUGUUUGUGUGACUACUGAUCUGUUGCUGAUUCAAUGCAUCUGCGUCAGUGUUCAGGUGGCGGUAGCCAUCUGCGGGCCUGUAUACAGUCAAACAGGAGGCCUUUUUUAAAAAAAGACAUUAAGAAAUAAUGUACAGUUUAUAUCUGAAGGACUGGAAUAGGAAUGCAGAUUAUGGACAGAACAUCAGCACUUCACCAUGGAAUAAAAGUUCCCUUUAACUUCACUACAUUUAAUACUUUGCACCAAAGUCACUGAGAUCAUGGACCGUUCAACAGGUCUUCCUCCUACCACAUGGAUUUUAUGUCUGUUUUGUAACCAGGAAAACAGUGCCAUAAUAUCAGCAGGUGCUUUUUCAUACCACAACAGGGAAGUAUCUCAAAUACAAAAAAACCCCGGCAAAUCAACUGAGCUCUGCAUGAAGUCUCGGAUUCCAUGUUUAUCUUUACUGUAUGUGUUUUUUCUCUCUCUUUCUGUAAAUUUUCUCUUCUGUAUACCUGAAAUUGUUUAUUAGAUUAAUCUUUACAGAAAAAAGAAAAGUAUAUUUGUAUAACGAAUAUAUUGAAAACACAAAUCCCAAGUAAGGACCAAAAACCUGCCUGCUGAAGUCCCCAUGUAAUGCAUGUUUUUGAACACAAGCGGGGACUGUUUCUCUAUCAUGUUGUAGGACUGAAUAAAGGUCAACUAACUGUAGGGUCUCAUAUUAAAAACCAAGACAUUCAAUUCAAAAGAUUGUC